AUGGACGCCAAUGCGUUUACUCUUCCAUUUCAGCUCACAAAGGCUAUGCACCGCGAUGUGUAUCCGGCAACUGAUCCAUCAAGCCCCUCCAUUAACACCUCUGGCAAGAUCGUUAUUGUUACUGAUGCCAGCGGAGGCAUUGGAAGCAAUGUCGGCAAAGCCUGGAGCACAGCCGGUGCAAAAGCCAUCAUCCUUGUCGGGCGCGACGUUGCUAAGAUAGAGACUAUGGUAAAAGAGCUGAAGCUUGAGAAUGCCGUCGUUUACCCCUGCAACAUGACCGUCGCCGAGGACGUGGAUUCUCUCUUCAAGAGUGUGCAGCAGAAGUAUGGUAGACUCGACGCCAUCGUCAAUGCCGCAGGCACAAUGGGCGAUGCUAAGCCCAUUGGUGAGGCUAACAUUGCGGCUUGGUGGCAAGACUAUGAAAUCAACGUCAAGACUACCUUCCUUACGGCACACUACUAUGUCAAAUACUUCGAGGGCAAGGGUACAAUUGUCAGUGUCGUCUCGCUGGCAGCUUUCUUAUCGAACCCAAAUUCGAGCUCGUACUCACCGGCAAAGCUGGCCCAGAUUAAAAUCAGCGAACUUAUCGGCCUUGAGUACCCUGAGCUGCGUGUCUUUUCAGUGCACCUGGGCAUUGUCGAGGCUGAGAACAGCAGAGGUACUGUGAUUGACAUGUUCACACCUUUUGCCAAGGACAAGGCUCUGGCAACUGGCGGGAUUUCCCUCUUCCUUUCGACUCCCAAGGCCGAUCACCUUACGGGCUUGUUCUUGUCCGUCAACUGGGAUAUUGAAGAGGUUAUUAAACACCAGGAAGAAAUAUUGGCCAAGGGACUGUUGAAGCCUGUGGCUCUCCGCGCUCGGCUAGGCCCAAAUGGUCAUCCCUGGACUACUUAA